GUCUUACUCACCUCUCUCCCUCUUGCUCCUCUUCAUCACUCACAUCUCUCAGUAUUUCAGAGUUUAAAAGAUGUCCUGGUCGUAUGCAACCCUCUUGGCUCUCCUCACUGUGCUUUUUGCACUUUCAUGGUCUCCGGAGGCCAGCUCUGCAGCUGUGCCGGGUAGCACAGGCAGCACUAAAGAUCCUCAAGGUUCACUGAAGAGGGUCUUCAUGAAGCAGGCCGAUGCCUCAAACUUCUUCAGAAGACGCAGCAGACGUGGUGUGAAGUCCCAGGAUGAGCUGGACGCUGAGCAGAGGCAGAUUUUGGCUGCAGAUGAGCGGAAGAGAGAGUUUCACGAGGAGAAGCGGAACGAGUUUGAGAGCUACGCUGAAGAGGAGCAUGACGAGCAAGAUGAGAGGAGCAGAGAGAGCACCGAGCAGUGGAGGGAGUUCCACUAUGACGGGAUGCAUCCUGCCUACGAGUACAACCGUCACUCCACCUAAGAGUGAUAAGAGGAGACGUGCGACAGCUACAUAGCGAUGCUUUUCCACACAAACAUGACCGCUGACAUAGUAAAGGCAACGACUAUGCAAUGUAUUUUUCGAUUUUUAACUAGAUUAAUGAUUAAUAGAUUAAUCACGUGGUGUAAAAAUGGUCUGACAAAGUGGACAAUGAAAACAAGAAUAACAAGUUUAAAUCAAUGAAAAUGAAGAGCUUUUGGAAACUUUAAAAAAAAAAAAAAUUUAUCCUCAUUUUAUUUAUCUGCAAUUUACAGCUGAGAUCUCGUAGAUCAGGGAUGUCCAACUAAUUUCACAUCUUGGGCCACAUACAGCCUACUUUCACCCUGAGUGGGCUGCACAAAUUAAACUCCCCUUUCUGUCACUGUAAAAAAGUUUUAACUACCAUUUAAUCCCCAAGAUUUCUUAACACAGGAAAGAAAGGUGUGUGAUCUCAACAGUGCAUCUUAGUUUCUCUACAUGAUAAAGACAUGCUCUUUUAGUAAACUAAAAAUAAAAUCUGUCAAGAAAUAAAGAAAUUAAUCAAAUCCAGUUAAAAGUCCAAAUGUUUAUGCCUUUCUGUCCCAUGGGCCACAUGCCUACAGCCCUAUUCUGGCCCCUGUGCCUUAUGUUUGACAUCCCUGUUCUAGAUAAAUAAAAGAAAUGUGCUUUACUGUGAAUAAAUGUGAAGUGU